AUAUAUAUACCUUGCUUGCAACUCUCUAACAUCACUCGAUCGCUAACAGUGACAGUAACCAAAACCACACAGCACUGUGGAAGGGACAGAAUAGAAGAAACACUCAUCUUCUCUAUAUAUUACCACAGCUACCAGCUCUUUCUAUCAUUUUCUCUUCUCAGAGAGACUCACAUUCAGCUUGAGCAAUGGCUUCGGCGCGAUUGGAUCUGGACGGGAACCCCAUAAAACCAAUCACCAUCUGCAUGAUAGGUGCAGGUGGCUUCAUCGGGUCCCACCUCUGCGAGAAGCUCAUGAACGAAACCCCUCACAAGGUUUUUGCUUUGGAUGUUUAUAACGACAAGAUCAAACACCUUCUGGAACCCGACACGCUCCCCUGGGCUGGUCGCAUCCAAUUCCACCGCCUCAAUAUCAAGCACGAUUCUCGACUUGAGGGCCUCAUCAAGAUUGCAGAUCUGACCAUUAACCUGGCUGCUAUAUGCACUCCCGCGGAUUACAACACGCGCCCGCUCGACACCAUUUACAGCAACUUCAUCGACGCGCUUCCUGUGGUGAAGUACUGUUCGGAAAACAAUAAGCGUCUCAUUCACUUCUCUACCUGUGAAGUGUAUGGGAAAACGAUUGGAAGCUUUCUCCCCAAAGAUAGUGCACUGCGUCAGGAUCCUGCAUACUACGUGCUGAAGGAGGAUGAGUCUCCUUGUAUUUUUGGUUCGAUUGAAAAGCAGAGAUGGUCAUAUGCCUGUGCUAAGCAGUUGAUUGAGAGGCUGAUUUAUGGUGAAGGCGCUGAAAAUGGAUUGGAAUUCACAAUUGUGAGGCCUUUUAAUUGGAUUGGACCAAGAAUGGAUUUCAUUCCCGGCAUUGAUGGACCAAGUGAGGGUGUUCCUCGGGUUCUGGCAUGCUUUAGCAAUAAUCUCCUCCGUGGUGAGCCCCUCAAGCUUGUGGAUGGUGGCCAAUCCCAGAGAACCUUUGUGUAUAUUAAGGAUGCUAUUGAAGCUGUCUUGCUGAUGAUUGAAAAUCCUGCCAGGGCCAAUGGACAUAUUUUUAAUGUGGGUAACCCAAACAACGAGGUUACAGUUAGGCAGCUUGCUGAAAUGAUGUCUCAGGUUUAUUCAAAGGUAAGUGGAGAAGCUCCUCUGGAAAAGCCUACUAUUGAUGUGAGCUCCAAAGAAUUUUAUGGCGAGGGAUAUGAUGACAGCGACAAGAGAAUUCCUGACAUGACCAUAAUUAAUAGGCAACUUGGCUGGAAUCCUAAGACCUCACUUUGGGACCUGCUUGAAUCAACUCUCACCUAUCAGCACAGAACAUACGCUGAAGCCAUAAAGAAAGUGAUCGCAAAGCCCGUGGCAAGUUAAACUGGUAUGGUGAUGAAGUGCUUUUGGAAGAGUGUUCAGCCCAUAGUGAUUAUUUUUUACAUACAUAGUAAUUUUCCCCUUGGUUUUGGUUUGGGUAGCCCAUACCCAUAUUGUUUAUUACAUAUUUAUGAAGUGAUGAGAACUUAUCCAAGACAAUAUGUGCUGUUGGGAUGUGAUUUUCACACUGGGAAACAUAAGAGGAAAGAAUAUUCAGCUGUAACAUUUUAUCAUAUACUUCCUAAAUUUAUUGUCAUUAAUUUAUUCAAUGGAAUAUUUUUGUUGCACUA